UGGAUCUUGGGCACCCCUCCCUGCAGGACAUAUAAAACAUGGACUCGCACGUUGUGUUCCCCUCCACCCACCUGUCCUCUUGAGUUUCCACUACGCUCCGUCUGCUUUUCGUGAUACCCUUUGCUUUAUACCGCUCGCAUCUUCUCUCUCGAAUCUUUCUAAACAACACCAGACCAUCUCCAUCACCCCAACUUCACAAUGUCUGACCCUCGCCCCGACCCCCUCCGCCUGGGCUACACUGCCCCCAACUUCAAGGCCGAGACCACGACCGGCCCCAUCGACUUCCACGAGUUCAUCGGCGACAACUGGGUGAUCCUGUUCUCGCACCCCGAGGACUUCACCCCGGUCUGCACCACCGAGCUCGGCGAGUUCGCCCGCCUCGAGCCCGAGUUCAAGAAGCGCGGCGUCAAGCUUAUCGGUCUAUCCGCCAACACGGUGGGCAGCCACGAGGGCUGGAUCAAGGACAUCAACGACGUCACCGGCUCCACCGUCGCCUUCCCCAUCAUCGCUGACAAGGAGCGCAAGGUUGCCUUUCUCUAUGACAUGAUCGACUACCAGGACACCACCAACGUCGACGAGAAGGGCAUCGCCUUCACCAUCCGCUCCGUCUACAUCAUCGACCCCAAGAAGAAGAUCCGGACGAUCCUGUCGUACCCGGCCUCGACGGGCCGCAACUCGGCCGAGGUGCUCCGCAUCGUCGACUCGCUCCAGACGGGCGACAAGUGGACGGUGACGACCCCGAUCAACUGGGUCCCCGGCGACGACGUCAUCGUCCACCCCAGCAUCAAGGACGAACAGGCCAAGGAGAAGUUCCCCGAGUUCCGCGCCGUCAAGCCGUACCUGCGCUUCACCCCUCUGUCCAAGGACAAGACCUCUGCUGCUUGAGGGGGUUAGGAGAGGGAUAAUUAAAUUGGUGCUUGGUUUUUGAUUUAAUGAGCGGAAAAUCUUGAUUCUAGGAGCUAUGGUAAAUAGCCCCGGGCAAAUUCUAUUGGGAAAAGAUAAAAUAUCCACAAAAGCUCUUGCAUGUGAAUGUUAUCCCAGAGGAGAGGGACUUGAUGCGCAUACUACUACUGUCAACAAGGUUUUCUAGUCCUAUACUAAAAAAAGACUCCGCGCUUGGAGCUCCGCAAGGGCA